AUGGAGGAGUUGCAGAAACCAGAUAUUAAUUUAUGUCAUCAAUGUUUCCCUGUUGAGGAGAAUACCACUGUUCUCUCUCCACCAAAGGAAUUGCCCCAAAAUGGCUUUACAGAGGUACUGGAGCUUUCAAAACCAAGAGCAUCACUGGAUGAGCGUGUGACAGAAGCUAAAGGGAUUAGCUUCUCAGGUGGCUUUUCUACCAAGGAGAUGGACUUUGCAGAACUCUGUUAUGAAGUUCCACACUCAUGCCCACUGCCUUCUGGAGUUGAGUUUAAUAAAGUGUUAAACAUGAUGUCAAGUGGCUCAAUUAACAGUAACAGUAUGGGGCCUUCCUUUAUUCCAUCUCACAUGCACUCAUGCUCAAAAGGAACACAAGACCUGCUAUAUGAUGAUAAAUUUAUAGAGAAGAAAAAUUCAUAG